AUGCUGCUCUCCCUGAUUCAGACACACAUGAGCUACUUGUUCAUCAAGACAAACUUCAUCGGCGUUCGGGCGCAGUUCAUCCGGGAACAUGACCCCAAGCCGGGGCGGAGAUGGAACUACGCCGUUCAGGUCCUUUACAAUCCGAUCCUGCCUCUGGUCAAAGCUUCAAUCCUCGUGACCUUGAUACUGCCCGGAUCCGAGGGCCGCGUAGGCCUCGGGCCGCUGUUUCGUGGCAAGAGCAGGUACCAGUUGCCCGAUGCGGAGACAGGGAUGACCGACAACAAGAGCGGCAAGAAAGGUCGCAGCCGAGGCGGUAUUAGAAAGCAAAGGCCGAUUCAGUCACGGGACGUCCGGGUGCUCCGGAUCAACGACGCGACGAGUCCAAGCCUGACAGAAGACAAGAAGACGGAUCUGCGAGGACGCAGCCCAAGAAGAAGAAGAAGAAGAAGCGCAGAGAAUACUAUGACGUCGGCUAACGGCAUCAUGAGGCUCAGUGACGUCCAGCGCGAGAUCGACGUGCUGGUCAAGGACCUGGCCGUGGGGCCGGGCGGUUCAUAUUUGCUGAAGAGGCCGACGGGUCACGAUGAGCGGGAGCGCCAAGAGCAGUUCCGACGCGAGAUGGAACAGAUGGAGCGCGAAGUGAGAUCUCGACAACAGGCAGCGGCAGCUCCCCGAAAGCCGCCGUCCGAGGCUAACUUUAGCUCUUACGCGGCAGGAGUAGUCAGUUGUGCUAGCAGCCAGGCUGGGCCAAGAAUUGGCCCGCGGACUAGGUCUAGAACUAGGAACAGGGACUUUAGCGAGGCGCGCAAGCCAAAGCACGGCGAUAAGAGAAACGGCGUCAUACCGCCAAGUGAGCCAACAGCACCAGCCUGGCCAUUCUGA